ACGUGAUCUCCGCAACCACACAUCUCUCCUCCUCGUACGCGCGUCUCAUUCUCAUCUAAUAUCGGACUGAUGAUUGCAUGUGGCACAGAAGAGACUUGUCCAGAAAUGCACUGACACUCCCAGCCCAUCCCAUCCUCCGUCCACUUCAGCUCGGCAUUUCACCAGCGUUAGAUCUGCAUUGUUGGGCGUUUGAGAAGAUUCGAGCAGUGGAUACGUUCUCCCUGAGCGACUUCUCAAACAAUUCUACACUGGGCAAAUGAAUCACUACGAGUACUCUGGAGCUUCUCUAUCCACAUCAAGAAACGUCACGCUUGUCAAAUGUCGCUUCUCUCCCUCGGCUCGCGCCUGAAUGUGCAUUGGCGGAUACUGGUCCUGAUCUUCGUGGCCGUCAUUUCCUCCUACACCAUCCUCCAUACUUUGGCGCCAACACAUCUCAAAGGUGGCUGGAACCGAAUCAUCCCAUCAUCCUCAGUCUCAACAUCAUGCCCGUCCGGCCAUGCGAAUCAACACCUCACCAAGCCCGAUGGAGUCAAAGUCAUCGGUAUGGUCUUUUACGGCCGUCGCGACCGAAGCCAGAUCCUUCACUGCUUCUUGAUGCGGAAUUUGGUCGACAACGGAGGAUGGCUCGAUGAAGUCCAAUGGAUUCGCAACACCGACAACGAAGCCGACCUGCAAUAUCUCGAUGAAAUUUUAAUCCAGACCCCUCGAUACAAACAAGUCCAUCAAGAAAGGACCAAAGACCAAGGCUACAGCGAUGCAUGGUCCAAACUCGACCCGGGCCAAAUCUACGUCAAAAUUGACGAUGACUUGGUCUGGAUGGCCGACGACGCCAUUCCACGUCUUGUAACCACCAAACUCGAACAUCCCGAAUACCUCGUCGUCUCGGCCAACAUGAUCAAUUCACCCCUCUUGGGUUGGCUACACUACCGCAUGGGCGCCGUACACCCCUACCUUCCAGCCUAUAACUCGUUCACUGAUUCUCCAUCAUCGUUCGAAGAGAUCUCUGCUGGGACUACGGAGCAAACCCAGGGCGUGACUCGUGUCUCGUGGAAACACAUCGACCAUCCCGCCUGGACAGGCCCGGAUAGUUUUUCCUUCCCACACGAAGAACCACCACCUCUCGAGGGUCAUGCGUGGCUCCGAUUGCUCGAAACCCAGGAAUCCAGAACCCACCAACUCCGUCGCACGCCCGUCAUCAACACGACCUACGAAACCUGGGGUCCCGGUCUCAAAUCCUGGUCCAUCGCCGCCCAACACCAUUACUCCUUUCUCGAGAACCUGCACGACGAUAACCUCCACCUCUACAAAUUCGCCCCUGACGCCAAACCGUGGAUCACCGACUACGACCGGCUCAGCAUCAACUUCAUCGCCAUCAACUCCACCGAGAUCCUCACCCAUCUCCCCAUCCCCGACGACGUCGUCGACGAAGAAUGGUUGACCGUCACGCUGCCGAGACAGAUUGGCAAAAGUGUCGCCGUCGACACCCAAGCCCUCGGUGUCCAUUUCAGCUUCUUCUUCCAGGGACAGCUCACUUCGACGGAUCUACUGGGUCGGUACCUCGAUUAUGCCAAGGAAAAUGUCUGUCUGAAAUCAUGAGCUCUGCUCUCCGACGACCGCGGCCGAGGAAUGAAUAAAGUGCCUUCAAGGAGCCUCGUGCAUCCUGAAACGAAUCUUUUUGGACGUCCUAGAAUAAACAUCCUGGGCUUUACGAGCCUCUACGAACAUGCUAACGCUACUGUAAGCCUUCUCGCAAAAUGGGAGUGUACAGGUCAUUUCAUGUCAGGUCGUGUCGGGUCAGUCGAGACCGAGCAACACUCUGCGUCCAGUUCGUUUCCCAAUAUUUCCAGCAUUGCGCAGCACGAAUAGGCAAACGGGACGGAUUCAUGUUUGGCAUUCAGAAAAUAUCAUGUAUAUGUGUACCGAUAAAUUAUAAUAACCUACCCAAGGAGCCGAGAGCGACGACGGUGCGCAAGUCAACGGACUAUGUGAUGGUUGCGUGACGCGGAAAAGCAUGUAUCGUGGCACCAAC